AUGAAACUGCUCACCUCCUCCAUCUUCACUGCUCUGACUUUCCUAUCUCUCACGCUUCCUACCCUCGCCAACGGCGGUCGUAAGGACUGUAAAGAGGGCGAGAGACGAUGCUCACCCGCUAAAGACAACACCGUUCAGCAAUGCAAGAACGGGAAGUGGGAGUGGGUUGAAACAUGUUAUGAUGUCUAUGUUCCCUCUGUGUGCGACGUCGGCGGGUUCUGCCGUAAACACUAUCCAGCCGUGCCUCCUACUUAG